AUGGUUAUUAAUAACAAGGAGAUCGGUGUUAUUAGCGUGUAUGAACCAAACGUGCAAGGAGAUAAGAGAGAUUUUUUUGAGCAACUGAAUUCUGUUAUUGCUGUCUUAAAUAUCCCUGUUAUAGUUGGGGGUGAUUUCAACGUUGUUAGAUCGGAGUCUGAAAGAGUUAGAGGUGGGGAUCAGAUGGUGGAGAGUAGGCACGAUAUGUUUUUAGUUUCAACUGACAUUGCCAGUAUGUUUCCUCUACUCACUCAAUCUUCUCUUCCUAGGGGUUUAUUCGAUCACAGGCCGAUCAUUUUAAAAGAUAAUAGUGUUAAAAAGUUUUCCGGGCCUUUCAAGUGGUUCAAGCAUUGGGAGGAUGAUCAUAUCCUUGUAGAAAAAAUUAAAAGAUUAUGUGCAGUGAAUAAAGGACUUGGUUUAUCACAAAUUCUUGAGUGGGUUAAGAAAGCGACAAAGGAUAGGGAAAGAGAAGUCAGGCAGAUCAAUCCUGACUCUGUGGAAGAGAUUCGUAAGAAGUUAGAUAUUCUUGAAAAUAGAGUUAUUUCGAAUUCAAGAAGCAAUUCAGAUCUGUCCGAGAUUAUCUCGUUGAAGCCGUGUUUGUGGGCUGUUUUAAGGAAGGAAGAGCGUGAAUGGUUGCAAAAAUCAAGGCUCCGGUGGUUUAAAGAAUGCAACAAAAACACAAAGUAUUUCUACCUCUCUACGGUCUCUAGAGGCCGAACCAACUAG